CUGGAGCGGAGUGUCUCAGAGGCUGCGCUCCGACCAGAGCCCAAGGACUUACCAGCUUCUUCCGCUGCCUUCCUGUGCCAACAACCCCCCAAAAGUUGUGAUGCUUUUCUUUACCCAGUGCUUUGGGGCUGUGUUAGAUCUCAUUCACCUCCGCUUUCAGCACUACAAGGCUAAACGGGUUUUCUCUGCUGCUGGGCAACUUGUCUGCGUUGUAAACCCCACGCACAACCUAAAGUAUGUGUCCAGCCGACGCGCGGUCACUCAGAGUGCACCAGAGCAAGGUGGCUUCCCCCCUCACCACCUCCCCCACCACCGCCACCACCGCCCCCACCACCACCUCCGCCACCACGCCCGCCCCCACCACCUCCACCACCAGGAGGCGGGGCUGCACGCCGCCCAGGUGACACCCUGCAUGUGCCCCUUGUUCUCCUGCCAGUGGGAGGGCCGCCUGGAGGUGGUGGUGCCCCACCUGCGGCAGAUGCACAGGGUUGACAUCCUUCAGGGAGCUGAGAUAGUCUUCCUGGCCACGGACAUGCACCUCCCUGCCCCCGCCGACUGGAUCAUCAUGCACUCCUGCCUUGGCCACCACUUCCUGCUGGUGCUCAGGAAACAGGAGAGGCACGAAGGGCACCCCCAGUUCUUUGCCACCAUGAUGCUGAUCGGGACCCCCACCCAGGCCGACUGCUUCACCUACCGCCUGGAGCUCAACCGAAACCACCGGCGUCUCAAGUGGGAGGCCACCCCCCGCUCUGUUCUGGAGUGCGUGGACUCGGUGAUCACCGAUGGGGACUGCCUCGUCCUCAACACCUCGCUGGCCCAGCUCUUCUCUGACAACGGCAGCCUCGCCAUCGGGAUCGCCAUCACUGCCGCGGAGGCCUGCUCGGCAGAGGCCGAGAUGUGAGGCCAGAGGCCACCGGACGUGCACCCACAGCCACCCUCCACCAAGACGCUCUGCCUGGGACCCUGGGACCUCCGGCUGCCGGGACUCCAGGCUCCUUUUUAUUCUUCCCCCCUCCCUUCUUCCCUCCUUCCUUCCUUUCUUUUUCUUUCCUUUUUUCUUUUGUCUCAGGUACUUUGUGGUAUUUAGUAUUUGUCUGCCAUGGGCACUUUAGUAGGUAAACAUCCUGUGAUUCAA